AUGCACUUUGAGCUGAUGGAAGCCGACAGCUGCCUUACUAUUUUACAGAGUGACGUGGUGGUGGGUGAGGAGGGCCCAGGCAGGAAUGUGAAGCGCUUGGCUGAAUCUCCUCUGGCCAUGUCCUUGUUGGGCAGUGUAAAGGAGUUCGUGCAGCAGCGGCUCCCUGCAGCGGUGGAGGACAUCCUCAGUGACCUGGAGACAGCCCUCACUGAGUAUGAAGAAGAGAGGCAGUCCCGCCGCCAGCUGCUGGAGACGGCUCCUAAAGGCGAGAAGAGCGGCAGACAGCAGCAGGAGUGGCCGGAGCUGGAGCAGCGUCCAAUCAAAGAGGAGCAGGAAGAGAUCAGAGAGCUCCAUCUCACUGCUGUCUUUGAGAAAAGUGAGGAUGAGGAAGAGAAAGCUCCAGUAUCACAGCCUCAUCAGAAACACACAGAGGAGGAAAGAGAGGUGGACCAGAUGAGGAGAGAAACUGAUGGAGAAGACUGUGGAGGAUUAGAGCCAAACCCCGUCUCAGUAUCUGGUUUUAAAAGUUUCCAAGCUGCGACUGAAGACAAUGGGGAGGAUUCGAAGGACAUUCCAAAUUCAAUGACAAAUGAAGUUGCUGUAGGUGAUACGGGAUGUCACAGCGGCAGUAAAUCUUUCACCUGCUCAAAAUGCGGGAAGAGAUUUGGCCAGAAGCACCACCUCCAGUCACACAUGAGGUGCCACACAGGAGAGAAACCCUUCAGCUGCUCCCUUUGUGGGAAAAGGUUUACCCAGAAAGGGAAUCUGACGCAACAUCUGACGGUCCACACAAGAGAGAAACCAUGUAGCUGUCCUGUCUGUGGGGAAGGAUUCUCACAGAGAGGAAAUCUGACACAACACAUGACCGUACACACGAGGGAGAAACUGUGUAGGUGAGGGAUGGGUUGGGGUGGAAUAGUCAGUUUAAUGAAAGGCCCUGGAAGUACCUCAGUGGCCGUCAUGAUAAGAGCUGAUUCUCUAGAUCAGGGGUAGGCAAACUUUUUGGCUCAAGGGCCACAUUGUGUUUUGGAAAUUGACAGGCGGGCCGGGCCGGGCCACUAUACAACAACAUUUAAAUAAUUGCAAUUACAUGUAAAACCUUAUUUCUUAAAAAGGAAAGAAAACAACUCACCAUUUAGUUGUUCAUUAAAUUCUAAUGGGAGCAGUGUCGUUGGUCCCCCUUCUUUGCAAGUGCAUCAAAGUUGGGUGUCAUUUUACUUGUGGCAAUUCGCAGUAUAGCUCCCAAGUGUUCAUCAGUGAGCUGAGCUCUGUGACGGGAUUUGUUGAGGUUCAUCACACUGAAGGUCUGCUCACACACAUAGGUCGAGCCAAAUAACACCAUUAUCCUCUGCGCCACCUGUCGGAUGUUUGGAAACUUUGUCUCGUUCAGUGAGGCAUAAAACUCAUCCAGUUUAACAGAGUUGAACUUCUCCUUUAAGACAGAGUCACACUGCAGGUCAAUGAGCUCCUACUGCAGCUCCUCUGGUGCUGUUUCGUAGUCCAGGGACGGGAUAUGACACCAGCUGAAGUAACUUCUCGAUUUUUUCAAAAUCAGAGAAUCGACGGCAGAAUUCUGCGUGAAAGGUCGUCCAAUGAUUUGCCAUAUUUACUUGCAUGCAUGGGCCUCUUCGAGCGUCGCCAAUGUGGGGAGAUGUGUGAAUGAUUUCUGUGUGAUUUGUCUUGAAAAUAAAGUCGAUCUGGCUUUGAAGGCUUUCACAUUUGAGUACAUGUCAUGCUCAAAUUGAUCCUUCCCUUGUAGCUUCACGUUCAACUCAUUUAAGUGUGCCAACACGUCCACUGCGAACGCAAAGUCACAAAGCCAGUCUGCGUUGCGCAGCUCAGGAAAAUCAUCAGCUUUCUCCGCCAACUCAAAAAAUGAUCCGAUCUCUUCUCUGAGCUCCCACACUCUCUGGCACACUUUCCCCAAACUUAGCCACCGGACAUUUGAGUGGUACAGUAAAUCCUGGUGGUCAGCAUCGGUUUCCUCAAUGAAUUUAAUGAAUUGGCGAUGAGUAAGGCCCCUCGCUUGGAUGGAGUUCACGAGUUGUACGACUACCUUCACUACAUGAUCAAAACGCAAAACUGUCUUGCACAGGGAUUCGUGAUGGAUAAUACAGUGUAGGAAAAUUAUUCCAACCCAGGCCUUUCUUCUCACACUUUGUCCUGAAUUCUUUUUAGCAAUCCAGCGUUUUUCCCCGUUAAAUUUGGCGAUCCAUCUGUCGUGACAUUCACGAGUUUACUCCAAGGUAGCCUCAGUCUCUCGAAUAACCCCAGACACACUGGCACUCAAGUCCACUCCUUGCAUUGUGCCCUUGAUGGACUCCAUGGCUAGAAAUUCCUCCGUGAUUUCAAAUUGGUCAUUAAUCCCUCUGAUAAAGAUUAAGACUUGAGCUGUGUCUUUUAUAUCACUACUCUCGUCCAGGGCUAAGUAAUAGCACUCAAAAGACUCCGCUUUCUUGUUUAACCCACUGGCCAAGUCAUCGUCCAUUAGCUCUACACGGCGAGUGACUGUUCUGCGCAACAGACUGAGGUUUUCAAAUUUGCUUGUGAUCUCCGGACAUAGAAUACCGGCACAGUCUCUAUCAUGCAGUCCUUCAGAAGCUCUCCUUCAGAGAGGGGGCUUGCUUGCUUUUGCUAACUUGUAUGCUAGUACAUAACUUGCCUUUUUGCAUGAUUCCUGA